AUGGGCAACGCAAUCUUAUCUGAAGACAUGUCUCUUCACUACAAAGACUAUGAUAGUCUUCCUGACCCUCGAAGAGUCUGGUCUGGCGCCCCAGGGUCCCGUGAAGAGGGUCUGGGCCGUCUUGUCCUUCUCACGCCAGAAGUGGUUGCCAAUGCAGCAGCUACAUGCAUCAAAACGGGACGUCGAACGUCCUUGAAUUGGGACUUGACAAAGCUGGACAUUGCCAACUUCAACCGGGCCCCAGCACAGCACCACAUCAUCUCACUCUUUGACGGUGUUGCGUAUGACGAUGUUUACAUCUUCAAUCCACAACAGUCGUCCCAAUGGGACGGUCUCCGCCAUUUUUCAGCCCCAGCGCCUACCAAGUCAGACCUAAAUCGUCGCCUAUUUUACGGUGGCAUGACUUCAGUUGAGAUCCAAGACAGAAACAAUACACGCAUAGGCAUACAACACUGGGCCAAGGAAGGAAUCUGUGGUCGUGGUGUUCUACUAGAUUAUGUUGAAUAUGCCGCACGGCAUUCGAUAACAUACUCCACAUUCUCAAACCACUCAAUACCGCUCCAUACCCUGCUUGAUAUUGCCAAGGAACAAAAUACUCAGUUCCGUCGAGGAGAUAUCCUUUUCGUUAGAGUUGGGAUCACAAAGGAAUGGGAUCAACAGAUGAGCGAGGCUGAUAAGCUUGCAUACGGCCAGAGCACCGACCCUCAACAUGCCGGUCUCGAGGGCACAGAAGAGAUGCUGAAAUGGAUCUGGAACGAAGGCUUCUCUGCAGUAGCCAGCGAUUCCAUCUCUUUUGAAGUCUAUCCCAAGCAACCAUUUUACAAGCGAGAGGGAACAGAUGCUACAGUGCCGGGGUUGUUUAUGCAUGAGUACUUGCUUGCGGGGUGGGGAAUGCCCGUUGGUGAGCUCUUUGAUCUCGAAGGGCUCAGUCAAAUUUGCAAGGAAGAGAAGAGGUGGGAGUUUUUUGUGACAUCGGCGCCUCUAAAUAUGCCCGGAGGCGUAAGUAGUCCUCCCAAUUGCAUAGCUAUAUUCUAA